AUGAGUGGUGAUUUAUAUGAGAUUCUUGGAGUCACCUCAUCUGCCGAUAGUCUGGCCAUAAAGAAAGCGUACAGAAGGCUAGCCUUGCAAUACCAUCCUGAUAAAGUUACCGAGCAUGAACGAGAAGAAGCAGAAAUCAAGUUUAAAGAGGUAUCGCACGCCUACGAGAUAUUGAUCGAUGAAGAGAAGAGAAAUCAUUACGAUAUAUAUGGAACCACUGAUGAUUCCAAUCCAUUCCCCGGAGAACAAGAGUUUCAUGGCAAUCCAUAUGACAAUUUCUUCGGUCAAGGUGGAUCAGCUGAGUUUGGAGCAAACGAUUUCGCCAACUUUUUCAAUGGCAUGAAUAUGAACGGAAAUAGAAAAGGCCAGCAAGGAAAACCGAACAAAACUCCAAACGCAGAAAUUGAUGUUGAUGUAACAUUGGAAGACUUGUAUAAAGGAAAAAUCAUCAAGAUCACCUCCACCAGAAAUAUUAUUUGCACCCAUUGUAAAGGUACUGGUGCUAAAAAGAAUGCUGUAGCUAAACAGUGUGCCAAAUGUGAAGGUAAGGGUAAAGCUACCAAAAUUACUAGAGUGGGACCUGGUUUAGUUACACAAACAACAGUCGACUGCACUACAUGUAAAGGAUCAGGAAAGGUCUUCAGUACCAAAAGUUACUGUAAGAAGUGUAAGGGAACCAUGCUAAUUGAGGAAGUAAAGAUUCUUGAAUUUGAGAUUCUAAAAGGCAGCAUGGGCGGAGAAUCAAUUACUUUAAAAGGUGAAAGUGAUGAAUAUCCUGGAAAAGAGACUGGAGAUGUGGUAAUGACUCUACUGUGCAAAGAACAUCGAGUUUUCGAGAGAAAAGAAAUUGAUUUGUAUUGUGACAUGAAAAUCCCCUUGGUUGAUGCAUUGUGUGGAUUUUCCAGGAUAGUAGUUAAACAUCUUGACGGAAGGGCUAUUAAGGUCACCACGCCUAAAGGAAAGGUGAUCAGACCGGGAGACUACAUUAAAAUCAAAGGUGAAGGAAUGCCAAUAAAGUCCUCUGAUAGCUGGUUUUCAAGAGCCUCAAAAGGAGAUCUUUACAUCAAGGUUGAUAUUGAAUUUCCUAAAGAUAAUUGGUAUUUGGAGAGAAACGAUCUUUUGAAAUUGAAGAAUGUGUUGCCUAACGACCUUUCAAAUUCCGAUGAUAUCGAUGAAAUUUCAAAAACUCGAGAGAAUAUAGAGUUGAUCACUGACUUCGAACUAACAAAUGUCGACAACUUACCUACUUAUAGUAAUGAUCAAGAAGACAAGCAUGAGUACAAUGGAAACUAUGAGUAUGAAUACGAUUACCCAUAUAAUGGCGGAGGAUCUGCUCAACCCGAAUGUGCCCAACAGUAA